AGAUCCUUUGUGAGGCUCAAAAAUUCAAAUAUAAACAUAGCGCAUAAGGGACAAGGUCGACGUGCCUCAUUGAAUUGAACGCAUACCGAAUGUUUCCUGAAUUAAUGUAAGGCAUCUCAGACAAGAACUUUGUCCCCUCAAAAUCGAGCUAAAUCUCGAGACUUGCCAUGCGUAAUGCCUUGAAGCUUGAGGGUCGGGAGAUACAAGAAAGGAAAGCCAACCAGAACGGAUAGCCACAAUAAGCGCCCAAGCGGGCCCUGAUCCAAUCUUAUCCUUCGACAACUACUCUCCUGGUCCAUUAUCUAUGGCUAACUCAAAUUCAAUAGAGGCUUUCAGAAAGGUACUUCGAGAAAGCCGACACGUUGUGGCGGUGGCGGGUGCUGGUCUAUCAACGGCAUCAGGAAUACCAUCUUGGCGAGGGCAGAAAGGACAGGGAGGCAUAUGGAACUUUUAUGACCCUGCUAUACUAGCCUCCCUCGAAGCAUUCACCCGAGAUCCGAGUCUGGUGUGGCAUCAUUAUCAUGUUUUACGGGAAAUCGCCUUACAUUCCACACCGAACCCAGCUCACGUAUCUCUGGCUAUGCUCUGCAUCCCAGAGCUUCUGCACCAUCUUGCAUCCGACGCCGAAUUCACACUCAUCACACAGAAUAUCGAUGGCCUCAGCAACAUACCCGAGAGUCAUAUAUAUGAAAUGCACGGUCGUGUUCUUGAUACUUUAUGUACCCAGUGCAGCAAUCUCCGUCAUGACGGGAAAAAACUUUUAAUGGUCCGUGAUCAUCCGAUACCUGUCGAUGAACUCCCUCAUUGCGAACAACCCGAAUGCGGGGGUCUACUACGUCCCGGUGUCGUUUGGUUUGACGAAGUUCCUCGAAAUUCACGAGAGAUAUGGCGGAAAGUCGAUGAAGCCGAUCUCUGUCUUGUUAUAGGGACGUCUUCCACGGUUCAGCUGGCUGCAGGCUUUGCUCACGAAAUCAAGGACCACGGUGGAAAAGUGGCAAUAUUCUCGAUUGAGAACGUGAAGGAACAGACCGAGCUGGCGGAUUUUACGUUUCUGGGCCCUUGUGAAGUGACGCUUCCGAAUGUUUUGUUUGAUAGUGACACGGAUAGGGAUACGUACUAG